AAAAAAAAAAAAUACGCGCACACAAAAUUGUGAACUUAAAGUUACAUUAGUAUCACUAGUGAGGUUUGUCUCUACUCAUAAGUUAGUAACAAAAUGAAAAAUAAAGUAUGACUGUACACGUAAGUAUUUUAUAAUACAUAAAUUUGGCGGGCAAUGCUUUUUCUUCAACCCCCGUCCCCAAGUCCCACAACCCCCAUUUAAAGCUUUCACGUACGUAGUCACGAAAGGAGUCACGAAGACGCUAUCGCAAUUCUCAAACCAAUCACCCCUAUAAAAAUGGCGGGAACACUUGGCGCCAUCAUCGUCAAAAAAAUCCCAUCUUUCGCGCCCAAUUUCACCCUAUAUAAAUCCAACUCUCCAAUUUCGAUCCCCGUUGAACCCUACUUCUGCAAAUACCCAAAUCCACGUCUUCUCCGUUUCUCUCGUUUCCUCGCAAUGGCCCAACGAGACCCACAACUCAUCAGCCACGAAACCGAAGAGCCCUCACCAAAGAUCCAGAAGCUUCACCAGAAUGGCGUCUCUAAAGCUCCCCCGCAGGCCAUCAUCCCUUUUUUCCGAGUGAAAAAACUUUCCGAGAAAGCUGUUUUGCCCUCCAGAGCAUCUCCUCUAUCUGCCGGUUACGAUCUUUCCAGCGCAACAGAGACCAAGGUACCAGCCAGAGGCAAAGCUUUGGUUCCUACAGAUCUAAGCAUAGCAAUACCAGAAGGAACCUACGCUCGAAUUGCGCCUAGAUCGGGUUUGGCAUGGAAGCAUUCGGUUGAUGUUGGUGCUGGGGUGAUCGAUGCUGACUAUAGGGGUCCAGUUGGGGUCAUCUUGUUCAACCACUCCGAUACUGAUUUUGAAGUGAAGGUUGGGGAUAGGGUUGCACAGAUGAUCAUUGAGAAGAUCUUGACACCUGAUGUUGUAGAGGUCGAUGAUUUGGAUUCAACUCUUAGAGGUGUUUCUGGGUUCGGAUCAACUGGCGUUUGAAAACCCACAAUCCUAGUGUUAUUUGGAGUAUAACUAACCUUCUUUUUAGUUUUAGCUUUAGCUUUUGUGGGACAUGUGUAAUUCUCUUUGUGAGUAAUUUUAUCGAACACAUGGUGGUCAUUUGGUACUUUGUUAGCUUAAAAUGUCUUGAAUGGCAGUGCAAUUAAAAAUCAACAAUACAUGUGUUUCAUUAUCCAUUGAAACAUUAUAGAAGUAUCGGGUGGGUAGUGUUACUGUAACCCUUUUCAUGGAUUUGUAAAUUUUGGGUAGGGUUACUUUAACCCUUUUUCAUAGAUUUGUCAAUUUUAA